UGCUGGCCCACCCAGCCGAGGUCCGUUAUCUGCUCUGCUGCACCGAGCAACAAGUGGUCGAGCAACCGGACGGCUACCUUACCGUAAUAAGGUCGUCAGCCCAGAACCAACACCACAGGCACAUGCCUGGCACACCAAUUAUCAAGGUUUAACAAUCACCGCCGACACCAUGCUCGCAGCAACUAGGCGCUGGUUCAGGCGAAACCGCACACCCAUUGCAAUUGGCGUGGGUGUCGUCGGCGUCGGCUAUGUCGUCAGCAGCUACAUCGUCGGCAAGCUCCGCGACGCGCGAGAGCGCAUGAGCAGCGACCGCAUCGCCAAGGAGAACCUGCGUCGCCGCUUCGAACAGAACCAGGAGGACUGUACCUUCACCGUCCUCGCCCUGCUCCCCACCGCCACGACCAACAUCCUCGAGAGCAUGGACACGGAAAAGAUCACGUACGAGAUCCAGCAGAUCAAGGGCUCGGCUACCGCCAGAACCCGCAGCAUUGGCUCUACAAGUCCGCCCAGCAUGUCCGAGACAUACGCGACCGACGACGACGGCCGCAGCAUCAUCACCGUGAGCGCUCAGAGCGAGGCCGGCGCGCGUACGACGCAGCUGUCCGUAGCGACGCCGCCAUCCGGCGCAGGCCCAGAAAGUGGGAGCGUUGGCGUAUCGCAAGAGGCACUUUCAAUACCGCAGAAACCACGGAAGACAAAGAGACAGCUCUGGGAUGACUUGACAAUAAGCUCAAUUACUAGAGCAUACACCCUUCUCUACACGCUAGGCCUCCUGACGAUGCUCACAAGGAUACAACUCAACCUCCUCGGCCGCCGUAGCUACCUCUCGAGCGUCGUGUCGCUCGCGACGGGCAGCAACGUCGCCCCGGGGACCAUCAGCCUGGAGAACAACGACGACGACAGCCCCACGCAGGCCUACGGCACCGACUUUGACGUCAACCGCAAGUACCUGACCUUCAGCUGGUGGCUGCUCAAUCGCGGCUGGGUCGACGUGAUGCAGCGGGUGGAGGGCGCCGUGCGCCAGGUCUUCGGCCACCUCAGCCCGCGUGACACGGUCACGCUCGACACAUUCGCCAAGCUCAGCGCCGAUGUGCGCCGUCUCGUAGAAGGCAGCGGGCCGUCGAGCGGCGCCAGCACCAACUGGCUCUCCUUCCUGCUCCCGUCCCCGGACAUGGAGGACUUUGUCCUCCGCGAGUCGGGCGUCCUCGACUCCAACCCACUCGACCCCAACAACAACAAUAACAACAACAAGAAGAAGAACAGCACGCCUUCCACCCCGACCCUGUCCUCUCCAUUCCCCUCCUCCGCCGCCUCCCUCCGCCGCCUGCUCGACGAAACAGCCGACCUGAUCGAGUCCCCGACCUUCUCGCACGUCCUCACCCAGCUCCUCGACGCGGGCUUCUCGCUCUUGCUCGAACAAAAGCUGUUCGCAGGCAUCCUUGACGCGACAGCGCCAACAACAUCCAGCGCAGCGAGCGUCGACAGCGCGGGGGCGGCAGGACCGACCGGCUCUAUCAGCCGCGCGGUGCUCCUCCCCAAGAUCCUCAGCGUGCUGACCCGCCAGGCGCACGUCAUUGGCCACGGUAUGCCCAACGAGUACCUACAGGCGAUGGAGUCGGUGCGGGACCUCGAGGGGUUUGCUGCGGUUGUGUACUCGAGUAAUUGGCAGGCCGAGAUUGUGCAGGAAGAAGGGGAGGGGGUUAGGGAUGCUAAGACUGAGCGGUUGUCUUCGUCUUCGUCACGGCCACAACAACGACAACGAGAACAGCAGCAACAACAGCAACAGCAACAAGCGAGGGAGGUGAGCCAGGGGCAGGGGGAGGGGGAGGGGCGUAUGGGCUCGUCGAGUAUUGUUGUUGUUGACAGCGCUGCCGCGCAGUCGAGGCUGUUUGAAAGUGCGUGGGAAAAGGCGAGUGAAGGGGGGUGAGGUGAGUGUGGCCGGUUUCUCUAUGGGGGUUUGUCCAUGAAUCGUUGAAUGCGAGAGAGUGUAAUACUUGGGUUAUCCUGCAAGUCAUGAAUGGGUGGAGCUUGGUUGGAUUGGGAGUCUGGGCUAAGAUGACGGCUGAGCAAGACGGCAUGAUCACACGUACUGUAAGGGAGGGGGAACAAAUACCACUGGGUAGAGUUGGCAUAACGGAUAUGGGUACAUUUGGCCCGGAUUGGCUCGCAUUGUGAACAGCGGUAGUUUCCGGACCUGAUAGAGUACAGCAUCAUGAUGGCGAUUUGGACGACAGUGGGGUUUCAGCGCAUAUAUUGUCUUCCGGGUGUAUAUUGGGUAUCUCUG